UGAAUUGUAGUAAUUAGAGCCCUGCACGUUCAUAUCAUAACCAGACGGUGGCAGCACAGUCUUUCUGGUUAGGCUUAUCUGUUCACUCCAUGGUGGAAAAUUGUUUUUGUACAUAUCCACAUACACUGUAAAAAAAAAAGAUUUUUCAAAGUUGUAAAUAAAACAAAGAUUAUUGGAAUAUGAUUUACAAGAACAUAUUAUAUUUCAGUCCUUCUACUUUCAAAUUUCACAUUUAAUUUAGUGUUACUUUCUGUUUCUUAAUUAAUUGUAAAAUUUACAAGUAAAAAAUGCUUCACUCACCAAUGUUUUUUUUCUGUGUAAUAUCAGUGACCCCCCCCAUUUUUUACUAUUGAUAUGAAUCUGCCACUACAAUUGUUUAUUCCCAUGAAAACUGUUUUAAACGUAUUUGUUUGCUCAUUUCAGGGGCUUAGGAGCGCGUCCUUGUCACCACCUGUUAGACUUUCAGCAGCAGGUCUCAGUCCAAGGUCGGUUUCAUUUUCUCCAUCACCAAGACCUGCAUCACAACCCUCUUCUGUUCAGCCACAGACUGCCCGGCUAGACAGGGGUCACAAGCCUCCCAGCCCAUGGGAAGCUGCCUCACGCCACCCAUUGGGGCUCGUGGAUGAAGCUUUUACAUAUCUGGACAUUCAACAGUCUAUUGCCUCCAACCUGCGCUAUGCCGCUCAGACUAAGCUCUUACCCGAGCCCCCGGCCGAGUGGAAGGCAAAGGUUGCAUAUGAACCUCCACCGAAAAACCAAAAAGACAGUUUGAGUCCAUCACCUCUGACUUUUCUGUCCCCAACCAAGAGCACAGCGUCGGCACCAGCUGGUCCCGUCCCAUAUGUAUCACCCUUUAGACAGUGUCAACCCCAAAGGUCAAUGACAGAAGCUAACCUUGGGGCUUCACAGGGUAAUCUAACGAAAAUGGGGCCUCAUCGACUGAGACUCUAUAAAGCCAAAGAUAGCAGUUCUUGGAGACGUUAAAAGAAGCGCCGGGAAACCCUUUUCAUGCAGGUCGCGAAAGUCAAAUCAAACAGGGGGGUGUUUUGAAAGUGAGAAAAGUACAAUUCUUAAGGCUACUAUUAAACAGAAAGAUACUGAAAGACAGAGAAGCUGAUGUUGCAGAAUGAGGGUCUGUGAAAGUCAGAA